UAAAGGCACAAUUUAAAUUAAUUUAAAUUGUAUAAAAUAUUGUUUAAAAAUGUACAGUAUUGAUAUUAAUCAAUAUGGCUCUUCUGUACAAUGCUGUGUGUGUGUUUAUGACAAGAUGCAGGCUCUGCAAGCGGCGCAAUUGGAUCCAGAAAUUAAGAAUAAAGAGGAUGUAAAUAACAACGAACAACAGUUAGAAAAUAAAACUAACAAUUGCUUGCCAAUAAAGCAACAGUAUGUGGAUGACGUUGAUGAGCUUGCCGGGUCUCUGCAGAACGUACAGCUUCGCGAAUCCCCACAAACUCUAAUCACCUGUAAAAUAUGUAAAAUGCAACAGUAUUGUUUGUCACAUGCUGGCGCCGACGUGGACAUGCCACAUCGGGACAUGUGCCUAGUGUUACAGGAGUUGCAACAAGUUCUAAACAUUUCACAUCCGCUCCUAUUGCAUGGUGCUAUUAAAAAUGCCCAUCAAUUACACAUAACAACAGGUCAACUGAAGCUGGCACUGAUCGUCAAGUUACAGCGACCAUUGUCGCCACGUGAGAAUGAUCUAAUUUGCUAUCCGGCCUACUGCAUGGUCUGCUAUCGACUGGAGUCGCUAACUGCCUGCACUGCCUGUGGCGGCGUUGCUUACUGCUCCGGAGAACACCGCCAGUUGGAUGAGGUCAACCAUAAGUCCAUGUGCAACUCUUUGCGAAUAUAUUACAAUCCCUACAAAUUGUUAUCGCUGGAGCCGGAGCCCAUCAAAACCUUUUAUGAAAGCCUAGAUUUGCAAAGCAGUCAUCUGGUGGAAGCUUUUCACCGAGCCACCCAUUUGGAUGUUACUAGCGAUCCCCAAAGCCUGAAAACAUUGGCAGGCUAUCAACGUUUUGCAACCUGCUCCUCAUUUAGUUGCAUAGCCAGCAUCUGCUUAGCUUUGACGCACGUGCAUCUCGAAUGCCGUCCUGGUAAGAUGGUUAAGAUUUACAUUGUGGGCGCUGGAGAAGAGCAGCUGAAGUAUUUUGAGGAGAUGCAUCUCAAAUUCUUCUUUCUUCAAUAUCAUGAUGUAUGCAUACUGGAAUUGUUCUUCGUUGGACAAAGACUGUUGCCGCGCUCUAAAAAACUAAUUCAAUUUAUGUUUAAGGGUCUGCAACGCACCGUAAUAAAGCAAACAUAUGCCAUGACUUUUAGGCAGUUCACCGACACAUACUAUAUACAUCCGACCCUUUUAGUGCUUUAUCAUCCCGACUUGGCUCAAAUGUCUACGUUAACUGAACAAUUGGCCGAUAUUCAAUCAGAUGACCACUGCUGGUAUAAUUGUCUUGUCAGCGUCCUUCAAGCCCAUGGCGUUCCCAUCUGCUAUACAUCGGCAACAAAAGUCCAAGCCCGAUCCGACUACCUAGCGCUCAGUGUUGUGGCCGAUGAGUACGAUAUAAACAUCAAGUCUGUAUACAAUUUCACUGAGAAUCCUUAUCGCGGGAUAUUACCGCAACGCAAUUUUUCGCCUAACGACAGCGAGACUUUGAUAUAUGCCAACAACUAUUUGGAGGUGAUAUUUUCAAACUGUAUAUUAGUGUCUUUAAAUAUUAAUUAAGUCAAAUAAGUAUUGACAAGUUCCUUGUAACCAAACAAAUAUUCUAGACAAGAAAACUAACAGUAUUUCAUAUUGAUAUUUAAGUUCCUCCUCAAUAUCUUAAA